CCAACGUGGAUUCCGAGCGAGUUGUGUGUUGCGUAUUUGUACAGUUUUUCCUGCAAUAUCACUUUUUGAAUACAUUGCUGCUGUCUUACACCCUUGGAAACUGUUUUGAUAACAGUCAGGCAGGUAGUUUGACGGUCAACUAUUUAAAAGGGUUAUCUAAUGGCAGCUUGAAUAACCUGCUUGUGUAACUUCUAAUUGAGUAAACGCAACGUUUCCUUCAACCUGCAUCAUUAGCCAAGACUCUUCUCUGUUGUCUACAAUGACAAGUGUAAAGGACGAAACUCGAAGUGCUUCCCCUCAGUGUCCCAAGCCUGAUGAAUCUGAGCAGCCGCUGGGAACAGCCAUGGAGGCCCCGGCCGCCGCCGAUUUUACUGUGAAAUCGGAAAACGUUUCCGAAGUGCUUAUCACCAAGGAGAUGGAAGAGGAAGAGAAACAGCUGAUGGAGGAAGGGGAGAGGAAAGAGAGAGAGAUGAUGACAAAGGCCCGGGAGUCGUGGGAGAGGGACUCGCAUGACCUGCGCUACAAACGACUGCAGCAUUUGCUUCAAAAGAGCAACAUCUAUUCUAAAUUUCUCCUAACCAAAAUGGAGCAGCAGCAGAAUGAGGAGAAACUCAAGAAGGAGAGGUUUGAGAAGAAGACCAAGAAGAUCCCAAAUACCAGCAGUGGUGAGUCUGAGAAAGAUAAAAAGAAGAGGAAGAGAGAUGAAGAUUACAAAAUAGCAGAUGUCAUGUCGGUGGAAGAAAUUAUAUCACAAGCCAAGAAGUCAAAAGUGGAGGAGGAGGAAGAGGAGGAGGCGAACAAGGUUCCAGCUCAGAAGAAACUGGAAGCCGAGGACAUUGAAAAGAUGAGCGACUCCAACCAAGACAUAAAGAACCGGUUGUCGGAGACGGUUCGAGACAAUGCCAAGUAUCUCCUGGAUCCUCACAGGAAGGUGGACGGGCAGCCGGUUCCUGUCCCGCAGCCCCAGCUCGUCACCGGAGGGGUCAUGAGGUGGUACCAGAUCGAAGGCAUCGAGUGGCUGAGGAUGUUGUGGGAGAACGGCAUCAACGGUAUCCUGGCUGACGAGAUGGGACUGGGAAAGACCAUCCAGUGCAUCGCUCACAUCGCCAUGAUGAUUGAGAAGAAAGUUCUGGGCCCCUUCUUGGUGGUGGCCCCUCUCUCCACUCUGCCCAACUGGAUCAGUGAAUUCAAGCGCUUCACACCAGAGGUGUCAGUGCUGCUUUACCACGGCCCCCAGGCGGAGAGGGCCAAGGUGAGGAAGCAGAUCCGCCGGCCUCAGGGGCCACUGGGCAUGUGUCCUGUCGUCGUCACAUCCUUUGAGAUCUCCAUGAUCGACAGGAGAUUUCUUCAGCACUUCCAGUGGAAGUAUCUGAUCGUGGACGAGGGUCACAGGAUCAAGAACCUGAACUGUCGACUGGUGCAGGAGCUGAAGAUGCUGCCCACUGACAACAAGCUGCUGCUGACGGGGACGCCCCUCCAGAACAACCUGGCCGAGCUCUGGUCGCUGCUCAACUUCCUCCUGCCAGAGGUGUUUGAUGACCUGAAGAGCUUUGAGUCGUGGUUUGACAUCAACACCCUUGGCGAGUCUGAGGAUGUGGUGGUUGCUGAGCGUGAGCAGAACGUCCUCGGGAUGCUGCACCAGAUUCUGACUCCAUUCCUGCUGAGGAGGCUAAAGUCAGAUGUGACGCUAGAGGUCCCUCCGAAGAAAGAAAUCGUGGUUUACGCACCCCUGACACCCAAGCAAGAGGCCUUUUACACUGCUGUGGUGAACAAGACCAUUGGCAAGAUGUUGGGCCAGGAAAAGGUGGAGGCGUCUGUCGAGUUGACACCCAGUGGGAGACCAAAGCGCCGCAGUCGGAAGGUGGUGGAUUACAAAGAUGAUGAGGCUGACACGCCGUUUGCCUUGGACAAAUAUCUAGAGAGGGUCCGCAAGGAGUCCGAGGAGAGCAGCUCCACCUCCGGGCUGGAGGUUCAGAGCCCACUUGAUGCUCAGAUCCACCUGAAGCUGCAGAACAUCCUCAUGUUGUUGAAGAGAUGCUGCAACCACCCGUACCUGGUGGAGUACCCCCUGGACCCGGCCACACAGCAGUUCAAGAUCGAUGAGCAGCUGGUGCAAAGCUCUGGGAAGUUUCUUAUCCUGGACAGACUGCUGCCUGCUCUGAAGAAAAGAGGACACAAGGUCCUGAUCUUCAGUCAGAUGACAUCCAUACUGGAUCUUCUGAUGGAUUACUGCUACCUGCGCGGCUUCCAGUACAGCCGGCUGGACGGCGGCAUGUCCUACGCUGACAGAGAUGAAAAUAUGACCAAAUUUUCCAAAGAUCCAGAAGUGUUCCUCUUCUUGCUGAGCACCAGAGCCGGAGGACUGGGAAUAAACUUGACAGCUGCAGAUACCGUCAUCAUCUUUGACAGCGACUGGAACCCCCAGGCAGACCUGCAGGCUCAGGACCGCUGUCACCGCAUCGGCCAGACCAGGCCGGUGGUGGUGUACCGCCUGGUCACGGCCAACACCAUCGACCAGAAGAUCCUGGAGAGAGCCACGGCCAAGAGGAAGCUGGAGCAGAUGGUCAUCCACAAGAAAAAGUUUAAAGGUGGGAAAGCAGAGUUGAACCAGAGCAGAAGCUGCAUCGAUCUGGACGAGCUCCGAGAGCUGCUGCAAGGGAAAGGACUUGAGAAGGAGCUGAAAACUUCCAAGGGGAAGGUGAUCAGCGACAAGGAUCUGGAGACUUUACUGGAUCGCAGUGACUUACUGGACGAAGGCAAAGGGAGCGUGAGAGAGAAGGUUGGAGUCUUCAGGAUGAUCAAUGCCAGCGAGUCGUCGGAGAUCACGCUGACCUGAGAGCACUUGAACUUGACGGGAAUCUGAAACUGCUGUUCUGAAAAUAUGAUUUUUCUCUUUUUUUGAAGUUUUUUUUUAAUACACUUUUUCGAGAUUUAAAUAAAGAAAAGGAUAAUAAAACAAAAAAAUCUUAGAGGACCCAAGAGCAUUCCAUCAUGUUAGAAUUAUUGUUCAUGUAAACCAUUCAUACUGUUAGUUUCCUGCCUUUUGACGAGACAGCACUGUUGAAUAAGGAGCUUUCACCUCUGUCCCGUUUGGAGCAGUUGUUCCAGAACAGGGAGUGUUUCCCCCUAAAGAUCUGAACGUUUGGUACAUGUGAACACAGCAAUCGCGCUUGGAAACGGCACAAAACAAGCGAGCCGAGAUCUCGUAGCAGAGGUGGUCUAAGCCCGAUUCCAUUCCAGACCUGAAACAGUUAAUUUUUUUUAUUUGUAGUGAGAACAGAAUCCACACAGCAACCGACACAACUCCAUUCAUGUGUACAGUGGGGAGAACAAGUAUUUGAUACACUGCCGAUUUUGCAGGUUUUCCCACUUGCAAAGCAUGUAGAAGUUCGUAAUUUUUAUCAUAGGUACUCUUCAACUGUGAGUGACAGAAUCUAAAAAAAAAAAUCCAGAAAAUCACAUUGUAU